AUGAUAAUCAAAAACUAUUCCGUCUUAAUAAAUUACGAUAUUAUUAACUAUUCAGAAAACAUAAAUAAUGAUACUGAAGAAAAAGCUGAUAUAAGAAGAGAAGCAAAAUCAAUAAUGAAUAAAUGUUUUAAAUUUAAGACAGCGUUUAUGUGUAUCUUGUGGCAAACUAUUUUAGAAAGAUUUAAUAAAGUUAGUGAAAAGCUACAGAAACCUGGAUUAGAUUUAUUGUCUGGUUGUGAACUAAUUCGUUCUUUACGACAAUUUAUAUCUCACGAAAGAAAUAACUAUGAAAAGUAUGAUAAUUUGACUCGGAUUGUAAGUACAAAAAUUAUAGACAACCAUGAAGACGUUGGUAAAAGAAAGUAA